AUGACGGUAUGCGGUGGUGGCCACUCAUCCAGCGGCGCCUCAUCAUCCGAGGGAAUGGUCAUUGACUUAAGAAAGAUGCGAAAGGUCAAAGUUAACGCAGAAGCUAUGACCGUCGAGUUCGGAGGGGGCUGUCUAUGGGAAGAUGUUGACACAGCCCUCGAGCGGCAUGGUCUGGCGACAGUUGGAGGUGUCGUCAAUCACACAGGGGUUGGAGGACUUACACUCGGGGGAGGCCAUGGUUUUCUCACACCUCGACACGGUCUUACCAUCGACAACCUGUUGAAGGCGGAAAUUGUUCUUGCAGAUGGGAUGAUAUUCGAAGCAUCCGACGACACAAACCAGGAUCUGUUCUGGGCUAUUCGAGGCGCUGGUGCACAGUUUGGAGUCGUAACUCGCUUCGUAUCUCGAGCUCAUCGACAAGACAAAGUCUGGAGUGGAACGUUGGCGUACCCGGCUGAUAAGCUACCUGACUUGCUGCGCUUUGCGAAUGUGUUGUAUGAAAGACCGAACCCAGAUGGGCAUUGCUUCGCAUUGGGCAUUGGCUUUGGACCUGAUGAGACGAGCCGUGUCGUGUCCGCUAUCCCUUUAUUCCACGGUUCGGAAGAAGAUGCCAAGCAAUGUUUCUCUGGUCUCCUCGAGAUAAAAGCAACAGCUAACAAUACGGAGAUGAUGACGACGGCGAAGACGAACACGCUCCUCAACUCCGUAAUGGAUUACGGCAUUCGACGACUCAUGGGCUCAGGCAACAUCACAAUGCCCCUUGAUAUCGAACCAAUGCUACAAACAGCAGAAACAUUCUGGGAAUUCUGUGAAUCACGCGACGGAAUGGGCAAGUCUGUCUUAGCAAUUGAGUUUUUCCCAACAGACAAGAUUCGUGAGAUCCCCCAGGAUGCAACAGCCUACGCCAAUCGAGGAGACUACUACGACGCCAUGACUUCUUUUGCAUGGGAGAACCCAGCCUACGAUUCAGAGAUACGGCAGUUCAAUAGAAGCCUCUGUGAGAGGAUACGGGAGACGAAUGGGUAUUCAGCUACAGCGGGUGGACACUGGAGCAAGGGGCCUGUGGGGGUGUAUAUCAAUAUUGAGGCUGAUAGUAUAUCGCCCAAGGAUGCUUGGGGCGUAAAUCUGCACAGAUUGAGGGAGUUGAAGAAGAAGUUUGAUCCGAAUAACGUGUUUAAUAAGUGGCAUAGUAUUGCUGAGGAUACAGCUGGGACAGGGUAA